CAGCUCGACAGCAGUUCGCAUAUGCUCUGACUGACAACUGCUAGUGCUCUGAAGAUAGGCAGAAGUGUGUGACCAAGCAGCAAUCGUAGCAGAGAACAUACGCAUCGACGUCGCAGCAGAAAGAAAGAAAUGCUCGUACCCUGUGCCUGUGCGAUUUGAAAACUGCCUUCUUGUGAGCUAAGUAACUACUCUUCUGUGAACGAUGGUGGCUGGCUGAUGUGAUAUGGUGAUCAGUGAGGUCUUCCUGCAGUUGUGUCCUCGGCGUUCUUGAGAUGAGCAACUAUUCUUCGUCCACGGAGCAAAUCAGCAAGCAUCAAGGAGCAGCGACAUCCGAUAUUCGUACGGACAAUGAAAAGCUAGUGGUGAGGCAGAAAAUCAAUAAUAAUAGCAACAACAGCAACUACGAUAGUUCUGGUUCUGCGGGUGCAUUCAGCGAAAUAGGCGCAGUGCCACACUACCAGCGAGAAACUGCACUGAAGGGCAGCUGUGAUAGUAUUGGUAUCGGUGAUAUUAGGGAAGACUGCAACGAUAUGACCAUCAACGGUGGUGGUGGCGCGUCCGGGGACGAAGGGGUAGUGGAAACUCCCGUGUUGGGUGGCUCGCAGACGUCCUUGACGGAAGAGAGGCUACGCAGGAAGCUGCAAUUCUUCUUCAUGAACCCAAUCGAGAAGUGGCAAGCGAAGCGACGAUUUCCAUACAAAUUUGUUGUGCAAGUCAUCAAAAUAAUAUUAGUUACGCUUCAGCUGUGUCUUUUUGCGCACUCUCGUUAUAUGCACGUCAACUACACAUGGGACAACACGAUUACGUUUUCGCACAUGUUCCUCAGGGGAUGGGACAUCACGAUGGAGGUUAGCACGUAUCCACCCGAAACGGGGCCCCUAUCCGUGUAUGUUAUCGAUGAUUUUUUCAAAACUAUCGAUUACGCUAUCGAUGGCUAUGCAAAUCUAGGGGAAGCCAUCGGGCCAUACUCCUAUCCCAACGAAGACAACACGAUGGCGCCGAUGCAGUUCUGCCUGUACCGAUACAAGGAUGGUACCAUUUUCGGCUUCAACGAGAGCUACGUCUUCAAUCCGGAGAUCGACACACUCUGUCUGGACCUGGACAGCAAUGUCACAACUAUUGGCAGCCGCAAAUAUCUCCAUCAGAAGGAUAUCCACAUCAACUUUUCGGCCUUGGUCAAAGCUGAGCUCCGGUUCGCCAUCAAAACGGUCAACUUCAAGGCCGCCGGUCCGAUCACGGCUCCCGAUUGCUACCAGUUCGAUAUUCUGAUCUUCUUCAACAACCAAGAUCACGACGGACAGAUGACCCUGAGGCUCGAAGCGGAACCCAAGCGUCUCAUUUGCCACGGUGACGUCGAGUUCAUCAAGAACUCCAAAAUCGACGACGCUCUGCGAAGUGCCCUCAACAUCCUGGUCAUCGUCAUCUGUGCUGUCUCGUUUGCCCUUUGCGCCAGAGCCAUCUAUCGCGCCCAACUUUUGCGAAUGAUCACCUCCGACUUCUUCCGGCAGGUCUACGGCAAAGAUCUCACCCUCGAAGGCAAAAUGGAGUUCGUCAACAUGUGGUACAUCAUGAUCGUCUGCAACGACGUCCUGCUGAUCAUCGGCUCGGCCCUCAAGGAGCAAAUCGAGCAGAAACACUUCAUCGCCGACGAUUGGAACCUCUGUUCUCUGCUCCUCGGAAUAGGAAACCUACUGGUUUGGUUCGGCGUCCUGCGAUAUCUAGGAUUCUUCAAAACCUACAACGUCGUGAUCUUAACCCUCAAAAAGGCAGCACCGAAAAUCCUACGAUUCCUGCUCUGCGCCCUCCUCAUCUACGCCGGCUUCACCUUCUGCGGCUGGCUGGUCCUCGGCCCGUACCACAUCAAGUUCCGAUCGCUCUCCACCACCUCCGAAUGUCUGUUCUCCCUCAUCAACGGAGACGACAUGUUCGCCACCUUCACCAUCAUGUCGGAGAAAUCCAUCAUGCUGUGGUGGUUCUGCCGGAUCUAUCUCUACUCCUUCACCAGCUUGUACAUCUACGUGGUCCUGUCCCUAUUCAUCUCGGUCAUCAUGGACGCGUACGACACCAUCAAAAAGUAUUACAAGGACGGCUUCCCGCAGUCCGACCUGAGGCUAUUCGUCGGUCCGUACCACCCGAACGAUUUCUCCAGCGGAGUUUUCCGCGACAACGACUUCGACUGCGACCAGCGAAUCAACUUCCUCGAAUCCCUCCGGCGAAUAUUCUGCUCCUGGCGACGGGACAGUGCCCGGGGACCAACCGGAUACACGUCCCUUGCCCCGAAGGCGUCAUCAUCCUCCUCGGCCGGAGGCUACGUCUCGUAAACCGGUAGUGAUAUCUUUUUGUUGCACCCCGCCUAGAAAACGUUAUUCCAAUAGCCUUUUUUUUUACGUUCACUGUUAUGUAUCACGAUUAGCUUGUAGGUUGAAAUCUGAACUGAGACCAAAAACAAACUUGGAAUCCUUAUUUGGAAGCAUUCACAACCAAGCCAUUGAUUGUACUAGGUUAAAUGUUAUUAUAGUUUAAAUUGGUUUUUCUGUCGCUCAAAUGUAACAUAGUUGAUUUCUAACUCUGUAUUAGUGAAGAGAAAAACACUGAAUUGCAUUCGAAACGAGGGACGUCUCGAAAUUUUAUGUGAUGAAAUAAAAUUACCACUACAUUCUAACUAGUAAA